UGCUCUGCCUCACGCUUGGCAGUCACGCGACCGGGUAGACGGGAGGGGGAGGAGCUCACUUAAAGGGAGACGACGCAGCUGCUCGUUUAAAGGUAGGGCGGCCGUUAAAGGCGUUGAACCCGGAAGGAAGCGGAGGGUUUGGACUGUUCAUUUGAACACUUCUGACAACAUGGCAGAUGAAUUGAAAAGGUUCCUGUACAAAAAGCUCCCAAGUGUUGAGGGACUCCAUGCUAUUGUAGUGUCAGACAGAGAUGGUGUACCUGUUAUCAAAGUUGCCAAUGAUAAUGCUCCAGAGCAUGCUCUUCGACCAGGUUUCUUGUCAACCUUUGCACUCGCAACAGACCAGGGCAGCAAACUUGGGCUUUCAAAAAACAAAAGCAUCAUUUGUUACUACAACACAUACCAGGUGGUUCAGUUCAACAGGUUGCCUUUGGUUGUGAGUUUCAUCGCUAGCAGCAAUGCCAACACAGGGCUGAUCGUAAGCUUGGAAAAAGAGCUUGCUCCCUUAUUUGAAGAGCUAUGGCAAGUAGUGGAAGUCUCUUAACCUGGCACUUUAUCUCCAGAGUGAAGCAUCUCUUGAAUGCUGGACAGGAGAGGUUGAUUUCUUUUUUCCAACCCACUGCCGUGUAACAAGUGUCUUGGAGCAAAUGCUACUUUCUCUUGUUUUAAAUAAUUUAAACAAGUUGCAUAUAGAGCAAAAUAUAGAAUACGAUGGGGAGAAGGGGGUUCUGGCUGCAGGUUUAUUUGUUAAAACUACAGGGUAUUGUGGAGACCAGCUGAUGACUCCCAUGGAGUUAUAUUCUGCAUGCCUGAAGUUAUUUCAUAGGGG